AAUAAAUAAAUAAAUAAAAAUAGAAAAAAAAGGGAACCCUAGAUUUCUUCGAUCGUGUCAACAACAGAGACGACGACGACGCGCAGAGAAGAAGAAGAAGAAAAGGAAGAGUCUUUGUAGUAUCAUAUCAUGAAUCGAGGGUUUCGUUUUCUCUCUCAACCCUAGAUUAUAUAUUUCAUCGAUCGUCCUCUCUUCAUCAUCGCGAUUUCAAUGGAGGGAGUUGGAGGAGAUACGACUACGACGACGACGACGACGUCUGAAGGGAAUAUGAUAUCAGCAGCAGCGUUUGUGGAAGGGGGAAUCCAAGAGGCUUGUGAUGAUGCUUGUAGCAUCUGUCUCGAUCCCUUCUGCGAUUCCGAUCCUUCUACUUUGACUAGUUGCAAGCAUGAGUAUCAUCUCCAAUGCAUCCUUGAGUGGUGUCAAAGGAGUUCACAGUGCCCUAUGUGUUGGCAAUCUAUUAGUCUCAAAGACCCCACUGGUCAGGAAUUGCUUGAAGCUGUUGUACAGGAGAGGAAUCUCCGCUUCAAUCCAUCUAGAAACGCCACCAUAUUUCGUCAUCCUACUCUCGGUGAUUUUGAAUUACAGCAUCUCCCAGCGGGUGUGGAUAAUGCAGAGAUUGAAGAACGCAUCAUCCAGCACUUGGCUGCUGCUGCUGCUAUGGGCCGAGCAAGGCAUGGGACUAGAAGGGAAGGCCACAGAAGCAGGUCAUCGUCAACUCAAGGUGGUCAUCCACAGUUCAUGGUGUUCUCUCCUCCUCCGCCUUCUCCUCCUCCUCCCAUGCUUUCCUCUCCAUCUCAGAGAGACGAGAGUGACACAGUCACAAACCUUGCUCACAAUGCUUCUGUAGGGGAGGGUUCUCUUCAGUCAAACAUGCAGCCACCAGCAGCAGCUUCUUCUCAUCCUCGCCAGGUUUCUCCUUCGGCAUCUGAUUCAAACAGCAGGUCUCCUAAUCAAUCUUCCCCAAGUGAUCAAGAUAGAGCUGGACCAUCCGAACUCCAAUCAUUUUCAGAAUCUUUGAAGUCUCGUCUAACCUCUGUUUCGACGAGAUACAAAGAGUCGAUAACAAAGAACACAAGGAACUGGAAAGAUAGGUUUUUUUCUCGCAACACCUCCAUGGCAGAACUUGGCUCUGAGGUUAAAAGAGAGGUCAGCGCUGGAAUCGCCACUGUGUCCCGCAUGAUGGAACGUCUAGAAACGAGAGAAAACACUAGUAGUAGUAGUAGACCUGGCACUGCAUCUGUAUCAUCAUCAAAUGGCUCAGAGAAUCAGACUCCUGCUGAAACAAACAAUGAGCGUAACAGAUCAGAAGCAGGUGAUGAACAUUCUUCGAAUGAAAGAGGUGUGAAAGGAACAUGUGCGGCUGGUUCUAGUUCUAGCUAAUAAAAACAAGUGCCAGCAUCUUGUUGGCAAAGAGAUGGGAAGAUGUUUUCUGUUGUGCAAUUCUGCCAUAUAUAUAAUAUAUUACGGAGUCGGAAGUUCAAAAGUGUGGGAGCAGCAUAAGAAGAGUUUCUGAUUCUUAAGAAAAGAAAAAUAAGAAAGGUUAUAUGACCAAAAGGAGGCUUGCUUCAGAGAUAAUAAGCCUUCUUAUGUGUUGUGUUAUGUCAAAACAAAAACUAAAAUGAAAAGAGUAAAGACUGUUGUUGUGCAUUGUAAAUUGACAGUGUCGUUCACAUUACUGUUCUCGACCAGUUCUACUUAAUUGCCAUUGUUAUGUAUCUUCAGAAAUUUGGCCAAGUAAACCGAAUAUAUUUGAUCUAAAA